AUGCAGGCGAUAUCCAAUGCAAACAUGCAGAUUCUGAUCCGUGGAGAUACAGAUACUUUUUUAUAUGAAGCGGAACCGGAUCACCUCAUCAAGCAUGUCAAGGAGUUCAUCUCGGCCAAGACGCAGAUUGAUGCCGCUGAGUUGUUGUUGACUUGCGAAGGCGCACCUUGCAACGAUGAUGAUGUCAUCACAGAAGGCGCACUUGUUUUCAAUGUCGGGUUGAAAGGAGGUGGACAAGCAAGAAAAAAAGAAGCAGAAGACCGGCCGUGCUAAGCGUCGAAUGCAGUAUAACCGUCGGUUUGUGAACGUUGUCCAGUCCUUCGGCCGCAAAAAGGGUCCGAACUCGAAUUCGUAGACUUCGUGACUCGUGAGCACUAUCGGGGAAUAAAGCGUUCGUCUUUUCCCUGGC